AUGCCUUUUUGGUAUGUGGUGGGUGGUGCAAGGUGCCGUUGGAACUGUGGACCAAAAUACUUGGUGGGGCUCUGUGAAUGCAAGUCGAUAGGGAUUCUACCCGCCGUCCAAUGGAAAUUGCGCUUCAAGGCGUCCCGCAAGGCCGAUCCGCCUCACGAGGGUCACCCACGCGCACGUGCCUCCGGGGGCCGAGGCCCCCACCGCCGGCCUGGCAAGCGAACGACGGCGCACGCUGUCGCUUCUAGCCCGGAUUCCGACUUAGAGGCGUUCGGCCAUAAUCCAACGCACGCAGAAGCUUCGCACAUCGGCUUUUCAACCAAGCGCGAUGACCAAUUGUGCGAAUCAACUGGCUCCUCUCGUACUAGGUUGAAUUACUAUUGCGACACUUUCAUCGUAGGGUAA